GCAUUUGGGUUGGUGAAGAGUGAUGGAUAGUUUGGGUGACUUCGCCUAUAAAAUUUCAGAUCAUUCCCUUUUAGGAUAGAAGUGUUUGGACUCUUGAGACCAAAUCUUAGAAGAAUUGUUCUUAUUUGGGGAUAAUUCUAAGAUAAUUUAUCUACUUAAAAGACAGAGAGACACAGGAGACAUGUCUUGGGGAUGAUUUUCACACCAAUUUUUGUACCUCCGAAAGAAAGAAUGCCGGUGAUGCGUCUCUACAGUCUCACUGGUCUUUCGAUCGCAGGAUAGGAACCAAAUGCUACAUAUCUGUCAUCUUAGCAUUGGUCAAAACGAACGUUUCAUUAGAAAGAUAUCUGAGUUCUGGUAUAUGCAGCUAUGAUGGAAGAUAUACAAGAAAAUUUGUUUCCUUCAUCCUUGCCUAAUGAACAACCACUAUCAAUUGAUGAGGAACUGUGGCUGAUGGCUGAAGAAAGGGCCCAAGAGAUACUGUGUAUAAUCCAACCAAAUGUAAUUUCUGAGGUGAAUAGAAAGGAGAUUAUUGGAUAUGUCCAGAGGCUGAUUACUGGUUACUACGGAGCAGAGGUCUUCACAUUUGGUUCAGUCCCACUAAAAACCUAUCUUCCUGAUGGGGAUAUUGACUUGACAGCUCUCGGUCAUGAAAAUGCUGAGGAGGAUUUGGCCCAAACAGUAUUCAGUAUACUUGAAAGCAGUGACAACACUGAAUUCCAAGUGAAAGACGUACAGCAUAUACGUGCACAGGUCCAGGUUGUAAAAUGCACAGUAAAAGAUAUUGCGGUUGAUAUCUCGUUCAAUCAGAUGGCUGGACUCUAUGCUCUGCGCUUUUUGGAGCAGGUUGACCAACUUGUUGGGAAAAACCAUCUUUUCAAACGAAGUAUUAUCUUAAUCAAAGCUUGGUGCUAUUAUGAGAGCCGAAUUCUUGGUGCGCACCAUGGCCUGUUAUCAACAUAUGCAUUGGAAACACUAGUUUUGUACAUUAUCAAUCGUUAUCAUUCAUCAGUGCGUGGUCCUCUAGAGGUGCUGUACAGAUUUUUGGACUACUACAGUGCAUUUGAUUGGGAAAGUGAUUAUGUCAGUGUAGAUGGUCCUAAGGCCUUAUCUUCACUUCCAGAAAUUAAUGUACUUGAUAAUCCCAAUUAUGGGAUUUUAAUUGGGAUUUUUGCAGAGACACCAGACUGUGAGCGGGAUGGUUUUUUGCUCAAUAAAGAGUUUCUGAGAAAGUACAGAGAUAUGUGCUCUAUAUCAGCAAGAACAUACGAGACUACAACCCAUGAAUUUCCCACCAAGCAUAUGAACAUUUUGGAUCCUCUAAGAAAUGACAACAACCUAGGCCGUAGUGUCAGCCGAGGAAACUUGCAUCGAAUUAGAUUUGCUCUAUCCUUCGGUGCCCGAAAACUUAAGGAGAUCCUUACACUACCAGGAGAAAAGAUGGGUGCAGCACUAGAGGGGUUUUUCAUGAACACUUUGGACAGAAAUGGGAAAGGACAAAGGCCAGAUAUAGAAGUUCCUGUUCCUGCAUUUGGUACUGGAAGAUCUGAAGAAUCUGUCCUCCUUGGAGAUUGUGAAAGUUACUAUGGUGCUCUACGCUAUGUUCAGUUGCAUCGUAAGCAUGCCAUGCCAUUCGCUGCAUAUCCAAGCACACCAUUAUCAGCUGCUCAGGCUGACAUCCAUGCGGUAUUGACGCAGCAAAACUGGAACGUGUCUUAUAAAAGGAGUAGUAACCUAUAUGUACCAAUACACACCGAUGUAUAUGUCCCAAGAAGCACAGAUGUCUAUGCCCCAAUUCAAAAUGAUGUAUAUGUCCCUACAAAGAUUGAUGUAUAUGCCCCAGCACAGACUGAUGUAUAUGGCUCAACACAAACAUUCUAUUGUCCGAAAGCUUCACAAGCUAGUUACAGCUUUGAAGAAACAGGAAAAUCACGAGGAACUGGCACAUACAUACCUGACGUGGCUCAUAACUCCCAAUGGGAUAUGCGCAUAAAGGGGAACAAAUCAAGGAGAUAUCGUCCUGCGAAGCAUAGCGUAUCACCCAAAUCACCUCAGAAAAAGCAACCAUCUGAGGAGGUUCAUUCCGACGAGACACCUGAUGCAAGUGGCAAUUCAAGGUCAUUUGAGCUUGCAAAUGAAGAAUUCCCAGUUCUUCCAAACAUUUGCCAGGAAAGCAUGUCAGAAGCCCAGGAGCCUGUCUCUUUCAAUAUCUCUGAGCAGUCCAGGAGUUCUUCCUCAUCCGAAGUCAUUUUUGAGUUUGGAACUUACAGGAAUUCAGAGGCACCUAAAGAAUCAAGCAUGCCAACAAAGGGUGAGAAAGAAGAUUCUGAUCUUCCAUCAUCUGAGGGAAGGUCGGCUGGUUGUUCCAGGGUGGCAGUACAGAGUAGAAAAGAAUAUAUUGGGAAUGAUAAGAAGAGAGAUUGACAGCAUCUAACUUAGAGACAAGAUAUAUUUUGUAGAAUACACAGGAUAACAUCAGUUGAGUUUAUAUUACACAGCUUUGUUACUGCAACUCUGAUAAUACCAAAUUUAAGGUGAUAGUCAAUUUCUCCAUUUCUUUUUA